AUGAUUGAAUUAUUCGAUCAUGGUCGCUGUGGGUUGGAUAAAGCUGGAGAAGAAUUUGAGAAAGCUCAAAAAUGGGUGAUUGUGACUCCACGCCGUCGAUUUCAACUUUUAUCCAUAGAUAAAACUACUAAUUUGCACCGCUCUCUAAAAUCUGUUGAGGUACUUGUUGUGGAUAAAGCGGAACGGUUCGAUGAAUCCCAGUUCGAAAUACCGUGA